AUGCGCAAGCACCGAAAUCUACCAGCAGACCCAAGCGUGUUCAGAGAUCGUCUUCCUACAUUAGCAUCUCCUCAUCCGACGAAGAUGAGGCGCCCAAAGCCAACUCAUCAAGCCGUGCCCACAGCAGAUCCUACAGCAAAGGUCACAGCAGAUACCACGGCAGUUUCCACCGCAGUUCUCCCCAGACCAGGCCCUACAGCAGAUCUUACAGCAAUUUCCACGGGAGCUGAUCCCAGAGCCGAUCGUACGGCAGGCUCUCCUGCAGGCCCUACAGCAAUCUCCACGGGAGCAGAACCCACAGCGGAUCCUACAGCAGGUUCUACAGCAGAUCCUACCGCAUAUGCUACAGCCAAGGACACAGCCAAUCCCACAACGGAUUCCACAGCAGCCACAGCCUAUCCCCGUACUUCCGUCUUAUCCUUCGACCAGUGGUCCCGUCGAUGA